UCUAAUUACCAAAUGCCACUUUAAUAUAAUAUUUUUGUAGUUUUUCCGAUUUAAAAAUAUACAAGUUAUUAUGGGGAAAAGCAAAAGAGGUGAAUAUUUAUAUAGAUGUAAAUGUUGCUUGGAUGAAGUAGGUUUAAAGAAUAUGUGGACGGAGUAUUACAGAGAUGGUGAACGAGAGAUUUAUGGGGAAAUGUUGACGGACUGUUUUGCUCUUUCUUGGGAACAACCACCAGGAGACACAGAGAUGGAACAUAUAUGUGAGACCUGUGUGUCUCGUCUCCGAGAUGCCAUUAACUUUAAAAAAGAGAUAUUAUACACGGAGCAUUUGAUUUUGGAACAAUUAAAGAAUGUAACGACUGAACACAUCAAGCAGGAGGAGGAAUCAGAAGAUGAAAUAGAAACAGAAUAUUUAAGUAUAGAAUUUUUAGAAGAUGACAAUGAGAGAGAUGAAUCAGAUAUAAAAAUCGAGAGACCUCAAGUGAAACAGGAAAAAGAUGUAUUGAUGAUAAACAGAAGAAGCAAGAAGUACACGGAUGAUGAUUUAGAGAAGUGUCUAGAAGCUGUCAGGACUAAGGCUUUAUCACAAAACAAGGCGUCGAUACUUUAUAGUGUACCGAGGAAGGCAAUCAGCUCAGCCAUUGCUAAACUACGCAACACCUGCAACAAAACAGUUAAAACGAAAAAACUCCAAGAUACAAACACGAACGACGACAACGUCGAAACAACGGAGUUUCAAACGAAAAUGUUCCCCGAAUUCGAGAACUUCGGCAAUGACAUCAGCGAACUAUUCGAGUGUUCCAACGCAACACCGAUUCGCUGCAGAGGCGGAAUUGGAUACAAGUGCUGUUUCUGCACGGAAGAAUACCCUGAUUCAGCAGAUCUUAAGAAGCAUACCAUGGAACAACACGAUAACACAACAAAGAGCGGCCUAAUUAAAGGAAAAUAUGUAUCAUCCUAUCUUGUGAAGUUAGAUAUAACGGGACUCCUCUGCACGCUUUGUAAACAAGGCAUGGGUACGGUAGAUGAUCUAAUCGAUCACCUCAUAACUGUCCACGGGAAGUCUAUACAUAGAAAUAUAAAGAAUUACAUUCUUCCAUUUAAAUUUCAAGGGGAAGAACUGAGAUGUAUCAUUUGUUACAGCUUGUUCAAUAGAUUCAAAGUUCUCCAAGAGCACAUGAGUACCCAUUUCAGGAAUUACAUAUGCAACGAAUGCGACGCUGGAUUCGUCACGAGGACGAUACUCUUGAACCAUAUAAAAUGUCACCAGACCGGCUUAUUUAAAUGCGACCAUUGCACGAAAACCUACAAUACUAUGAGGAAGAAGAGAGCGCACGAGCGCUUAGUGCACAUUCAUGGGAGUAAAUUAAACAAAUGCGGUUAUUGCAACGAAAAGUUUGAUAGAUAUCAGAAGAGAGAGGAGCAUUUGGUGAAAGUCCAUGGCGUCCGGUCAGUGACCUUUGAGUGUCAGGCGUGCGAUAAGAUCUUCGUGUCGCAGCGUGCGCUGCGCGAUCACACGAAACGUGAUCACUUGAUGGAGAGACAGCACACGUGCACGGUUUGCGAUAUGAAGUUCUUCAGGCAGAGCGAAGUUACGAAACACAUGGUCAAACAUACCGGUGUUAGGAUGUUUCAAUGUGAGGUUUGUUCGAAGUCCUACGGACGGCGUAACACGCUUCGCGAACACAUGCGGAUCCAUACGAACGACAGACGUUUUAAGUGUGAACACUGUGGUCAAGCAUUCGUGCAAAAGUGCAGCUGGCGUGGUCACAUGCGUGCGAAACACGGAGAGCAAGUGUAAUUCGAACAACAUAGCCAACAACAUGGAUAUUCAGUGAAGGCAGCCUCGCAGCACAACAAGAGGUUCUGGCGAUCUCCCUACAUAAAAGAUUUUUAAGAGACCUAAUUGUUCUCAUCAAUGGUCUUGGACUUGACCAUUAUUGGUGUUAUGCUAUCAACGCGCUGCGCUCGUGUUCUUCACGUGGCAGACACUAAACAAACACACAGGAUUAAUAAGUGUUUUUCGGGGUUGAUAUUUCGAACAUUU